AUGUCAGACGAGACACCAACUGCGCCCGAGGGCGAUUCUCAGAUCACCUUCAAGGUCAAGACAUCCUCUGAUGGAAAUCACACAAUCACCAUGGCAGAGACCGCAACAGUUCUCGACCUAAAGACAAAGCUAGCUGGAGAUGAUUACGAAAAGAUUCCAGUAGAUCGUCAACGAUUAAUCUACUCCGGUCGCGUUAUGAAGAAUGAGGAACCUUUGAGCACUUAUAAGAUUAAGCCUAACAAUACGAUACAUAUGGUCAAGAGCGCACAAAGCAACGUUGCCAAUGCUGCUGCCAAUGCCGCAACUGGCGCUGCAGCAAGUCUCCCAACGAACAUGGCUGCCGGAACCGCGAAUAAUCCUCUUGCUGGUUUGACAGGUGCUCGAUAUGCAGGCCACAUGGGUCUUCCAGGUGCUGAAAUGUUCGGCGCAGACGGUGGUAUGGGUGCGCCACCAAGUGAAGAUGCGCUCGCUCAAAUGAUGGAUGAUCCCAAUGUUCGUCAAACGAUGAACGAAGCUCUUAACAACCCGGACCUUGUCAAUAUGAUGAUCCAAAAUACUCCAAUGCUCAGAGAUAUACCCAACGCGCGCGAGAUAUUACAAUCACCUAUGUUCAGAAACAUGCUUACGGAUCCGAACUCCAUUCGACAAGCUGCUGCGAUGAGAAGACAAAUGGGAGGUGGAGGGGCUGGCGGCUUUCCUGCGCCAGGCGUCACUGACACUACACCCGCUGGUGCAGCAGGGAGCACACCCGGAAGUGGUCAACCCAGUGUACCACCUUUCAAUAUGUUUGGAAUGCCUGCUGCAGGAGGUGCUAAUAAUCCAUUCGCAUCAUUGUUCGGUGGACCAGGAGCAGCAGCCGCGGGUCAUACUCCAGCACAAACUCCCCCACCUCCCGCUUCUGCCGGGGGAACCCCAUCAACUGGAACUGAUGCUAAUCCGCCGAAUCCCUUUGCCUCGCUGUUUGGGGAAGCGGCUAAUGCUCCGGGGUUUAACCCCUAUCAAGGAAUGCCACAACUCACACCGGAACAAUUCCAAGAAGCAAUGCAAAUGAUGCAAAAUGGAACAUUCAGAGAUAUGUUUCGCGCUGGUGGAUUUGGCGGUAUGGGCGGAAUGGGUGCUGCCGCCCCAAGUGCACCUGCAGCUCCAGCAGAUACCAGACCACCUGAAGAAGUGUACGCCGAUCAGCUCAGGCAGUUAAAUGAUAUGGGAUUCUUCGACUUUGACAGAAAUGUUGCAGCUCUAAGAAGAAGUGGAGGAAGUGUCCAGGGAGCCAUUGAACAAUUGUUAAGCUAG